ACAGGCCGCAUGCCCUUCUCUGCCAAGGGUGACUUGCUAUACAUACACAUUCUGGAAGAAGAGCCGGAGUAUCCCUCAUAUGUCUCAGCGACGGCAAAGUCCUUUGUGAGUGGUCUGAUGACUAAGAGCAUGAGAGAUCGACUGGAUUUCGGCUUCGAUGGUUCGGGUCUCGUCCGCCCCAAACCACAGAACAAGUCCAAGCGCACCGUCGGCAAGCGCAGUAGUAUGAACAGGCAUGGCUAUACUGUGCGCACGCAUCCCUUCUGGGAUGACUUUGAAUGGACUAAGCUGGAGACCUUCUCCAUGGCCGCACCCUUUACACCCAGUUUCCGCGACUUUGCCGACACGAACAACUUUAUCACGUACGACGAUGAUAGCAACAACGAUGUGAGCUUCAUGAUGGGCGAGAACCAGCAGCAGUCCUUUACACCGAGCCAAAGAGGCUACACACUGAAGGAUGUGAAUGUGGCCGGGAAGAAACGGUUUAGCACAGACACCUCAGAAAUGGAAAAGCUAUUCAAAGACUUCUGAAGGGAAAGGGCCGAAUAGUUUACUUAGUAUAGUGUUGUAGAGUCACGAAUAGUUUACUUAGUAUAGUGUUGUAUAGUCACUUUCAACAACAUAGGAUCAAAAUAAGGCCAGCGUGAAGGCAUGGUGCUUAGCAUAGUACUGUAGAGUCACUUUAAUAACAAAUCAUAAUAAAGCCAAUGUGAAGGCACUUUGCGUAGUAUUAUAGUCACUUUAACAACAUAAAUCAUAAUAAAGCCAGCGUGAA